GGGGCUGCCAGCUUGAGCCACUGGUCCUCCGGGGACCUCCUCCUGGGGAACGGAGCAGCCCUUGGUCUCCAGGCUCACCGCGGAUGUCCCCCCGUGCCCCCCUGGGUCUGCUCCCCUAGUGCCAGUGCAGAGGGAGGACUGCUCCUCUCACCAUGGUGCUGCCACCACCCGACAAGCGCCACGUCUGUCUGACCACCAUCGUCAUCAUGACCAGCAUGGCCUUCAUGGAUGCCUACCUGGUGGAGCAAAACCAGGGGCCUCGCAAGAUCGGCGUCUGCAUCAUCGUGCUGGUGGGGGACAUCUGCUUCCUCAUCGUGCUGCGCUACGUGGCGGUGUGGGUGGGCGCGGAGGUGAAGACGGCCAAGAGGGGCUACGCCAUGAUCCUGUGGUUCCUCUACAUCUUUGUGCUGGAGAUCAAACUGUACUUCAUCUUUCAGAAUUACAAAGCGGACAAGAAGAACCUGGAGACGGUGGCCAGGAAAGCCCUGACCCUGCUGCUCUCCAUCUGCGUGCCAGGGCUCUACCUGGUGCUGGUGGCCUUGGACAGCAUGGAGUACAUACGGACCUUUCGGAAGAAAGAGGACCUGCGGGGGCGCCUUUUCUGGGUGGCCCUCGAUCUGCUUGAUAUCUUGGACAUCCAGGCCAACCUGUGGGAGCCACACAGGACCGGCCUGCCCAUCUGGGCAGAGGGGCUCAUGUUCUUCUACUGCUACAUACUCCUUCUGAUCCUGCCUUGCGUGUCCCUCAGUGAAAUCAGCAUGCAAGGGGAGCACAUUGCCCCACAAAAAAUGAUGCUCUACCCCGUCCUCAGCCUGGUCACCAUUAACAUCGUCACCAUCUUCAUCCGGGCCAUCAACAUGAUCUUGUUCCAGGACAGCAGGGUCUCCACCAUCUUUAUUGGCAAGAACAUCAUCGCCAUCGCCACGAAGGCGUGCACCUUCUUCCUGGAGUACAAGCGGCAGGUGAAGGAGUUCCCCCAGAACGCCAUUGCCCUGGAGCUCCAGCAGAACUCCCUCUCCCACAACCAGACCAUCCACAGCGCACAGGGCAUCCCCCACGAGCCGUCGCCCACCAGCGAGAUCCUCGACACAUGAGGGGUCACCCCCAGCCGAGCGUUGGUUCAGACAGCCCCCUGCCCAGCGGAGGAAGGAUGCUGCUGUCUUGCUGCGUGGGGCGAGCGUGACGGAUGAAUCCCAGCAGCGAGGGCUCUUCUAGGCACAAAACACCGACCAUGUUUUAAUUGAGCUGUGGAGUGUCCCCUAGACGUCUUCAUCUCAGGUAUAACCCUAGGAGUCCUCCAGACAAACCAAAUGAACUUGCAAAGGACCUGAACCAGCUAACCCUGUCUCGCCCUCCCUCCACCUUCUCCCCUCCCGAGCAAAGACCGCUAAGGUUGCAAUGUCCCUUUUUACUCCUCGAGCACCUCACCUUUCCUUCAAGCUUGGAACGAAGAUUUUGUUACCGGAGACCUUUUUAUGGAGUGGGGACAGGGGCACAGGUGGAUGGGUGGGGGGCGGGCGGGACGUUUGAACUAGUAAACCCUGUGAUCGUAGAUGUCUCUUAUCUCCAAUGGUUGUGUUUACAGUUUCCUAUUUAUAACUGCUCCUGGGGGCUCCUGGGCUGACCCAGGGGUCGGUCAGUCGGUCAGUGGUGAGUGAGAGCAG